GGUCCGCGUCGGGGUCGCGCGUCGGGCGCGCCGUGGCCCCGUCGGGGCGGCGGGAGCUGCGGAGCCGCCAUGGCGGACCUGGAGGCCGUGCUGGCCGACGUCAGCUACCUGAUGGCCAUGGAGAAGAGCAAGGCGGCGCCGGCCGCGCGCGCCAGCAAGAAGGUUGUCCUGCCGGAGCCCAGUAUCCGCAGCGUGAUGCAGAGGCAUCUUGCAGAGAGAAACGAAAUAACCUUUGACAAGAUUUUCAACCAGAAAAUCGGCUUCUUGCUUUUUAAGGACUUCUGUCUGAAUGAAAUCGACGAAGCAGUGCCACAGGUGAAGUUUUAUGAAGAGAUAAAAGAAUACGAGAAACUGGACAACGAAGAGGACCGGCUGCGCCGGAGCCGGCAGAUGUACGACGCCUACAUCAUGAGGGAGCUCCUAUCCUGCACGCACCAAUUCUCCAAGCAAGCUGUGGAGCAUGUGCAGCGCCAUCUCUCCAAGAGACAGGUGACAGCUACUCUUUUUCAGCCGUACAUAGAAGAAAUCUGUGAAAGCCUUCGAGGGGAGAUUUUCCAAAAGUUCAUAGAAAGCGAUAAAUUCACCAGAUUCUGUCAGUGGAAGAAUGUGGAGUUAAACAUACACCUGACCAUGAACGACUUCAGUGUGCACAGGAUCAUUGGCCGAGGAGGGUUUGGGGAAGUUUACGGCUGCAGAAAAGCAGACACGGGGAAAAUGUACGCCAUGAAGUGCUUGGACAAGAAGAGGGUGAAGAUGAAACAGGGGGAGACACUGGCCUUGAAUGAAAGGAUCAUGCUGUCCCUCGUCAGCACUGGGGACUGUCCCUUCAUUGUCUGCAUGACCUACGCCUUCCACACACCAGACAAACUCUGCUUCAUCCUGGACCUGAUGAACGGGGGUGACAUGCAUUACCACCUCUCCCAGCACGGGGUGUUUUCCGAGAAGGAGAUGCGCUUUUAUGCCAGCGAGAUCAUCCUGGGUCUUGAGCACAUGCACACCCGAUUUGUUGUCUACAGAGACCUGAAGCCUGCGAACAUCCUCCUGGAUGAACAUGGGCAUGUGAGAAUAUCCGAUCUCGGCCUCGCCUGUGAUUUCUCCAAGAAGAAGCCACAUGCCAGUGUGGGCACCCACGGGUACAUGGCUCCCGAGGUGUUGCAGAAGGGCACAUCCUACGACAGCAGCGCCGACUGGUUCUCCCUGGGCUGCAUGCUCUUCAAGCUUCUGCGUGGCCACAGCCCUUUCAGACAGCACAAAACCAAAGACAAGCAUGAGAUAGACCGAAUGACCCUAACGGUGAACGUGCAGCUUCCCGACGCCUUCUCCCCUGAGCUGAGGUCCCUCCUGGAGGGGCUGCUCCAGCGGGACGUGAGCCAGCGGCUGGGAUGCUGUGGAGGCGGGGCACAGGAGGUGAAGGAGCACUCCUUCUUCAGGGGCAUUGACUGGCAGCAUGUGUACUUGCGGAAGUACUCGCCGCCCCUAAUCCCACCUCGGGGAGAGGUCAAUGCUGCGGAUGCCUUUGACAUCGGCUCCUUUGAUGAGGAGGACACCAAAGGCAUUAAGCUGCUGGACUGCGACCAGGAUCUCUACAAGAACUUCCCGCUGGUGAUCUCUGAGCGCUGGCAGCAGGAAGUGGUGGACACCAUCUACGCUGCCGUCAAUGCCGACACGGAUAAGAUCGAGGCCAGGAGGAGAGCUAAAAACAAGCAGCUGGGUCAGGAGGAAGAUUACGCCCUGGGAAAGGACUGCAUCAUGCACGGGUUCAUGCUGAAGCUGGGGAACCCCUUCCUCACGCAGUGGCAGAGACGCUACUUUUACCUGUUCCCCAACAGACUGGAGUGGAGAGGAGAGGGCGAGUCUCGGCAAAAUUUACUGACCAUGGAACAGAUCUUGUCUGUGGAGGAGACCCAGAUUAAAGACAGAAAGUGCAUUUUAUUCAGAAUAAAGGGAGGGAAGCAAUUUGUCUUGCAGUGUGAGAGUGACCCCGAGUUCGCACAGUGGCUGAAGGAGCUGACCCACACCUUCACCGAGGCCCAGAGGCUGCUGCGCCGGGCCCCCAAGUUCCUCCACCAGCAGCGUGCCACCAUCCUGGAGUUCUCCAAGCCACCGCUGUGUCACAAAACCAGCAGCGGCCUCUGAACCACAGAGCAGCAGGGCCUGAAGGACGGGCCCCAGCUCUUCAGCCCAGGAGUAGAGCGGAGCGACGGGGAGCCUUGUGGGGCCAAGACACAGCGGUUCUGAGCCCUGGCUAAGGAGGCCCAUGACACAAAGAUGGCCCUGCUGCAGCAGCUGGGACAUCCUCAGGGCCGGCCUAGCCACACUCCCAAUUAGCGAAGAAGCAGAAGGCAUUUUUCUGCGUACCCACUCACUUUGGUAUCCACGGACCCCAGAACGUGAAACGACCCUUACCGCUCAAGCUUUUAUGUCUGGCAUCCAGCAUCUCUGGGGCGGGACCACAGUCUCUUGGACUGCGGCGGCCCGUCCCAGGCCUCGCUGUGUCUGAGUGCCCGCCUGAGGUAUGGGGGCUGUGGCCCUAGAUCCUGGAGGAGGCACGGCAGCCUAGGGGUCUCUGUAGGUCAGGGCUGACUCCUUGCUGUCCCAGAGGUGACGAGGUGGCACCGAGACCCAUGUGCACUGCCUGCCUCUGAUGGCUCCAGGAAUGCCAGUCAGAGGGGAAAGGUUGGAUUGUCCCCUUGAGGAAUCUCCAUGGCAUCCAUCAUGGCCACUUCUGGUCAGCACAACCAGGGAAGAUGCCCCAAGACUUCACGUCAGACAGGAUGCGGGCAACUCCUACAUGCCAUCCACGCAUGGACUCGUGGUCUCUGUGGUGGGCAGGUCUGUGACAGAGGGUCCUUCAUCUCCCCUUGGGAAGUGUAUCCGAGGAUGUGCCCAAGGUAGAAAGAGUUGCUGCCUUGCCUUUCAGUAUAAUUUCUAAGGAACUCAGACUGAUGGGUGCCGGUGUUCCGGCGGUCUCCCGUGCGCCCUGGCUUCCCCCUCAUCAUGCUCUCAUUAACGCACCGCACACUGGAUCACCCUGACGGGGGCGGCAAUUAGCCCAGCAUCCUUCCCUUAAAGGUUUUCUCCGCUGCUGCCCUGAAUGAAUGCCGCAUCCCCUUGUCACCACACUGAAACACAGGUCCUCGAAGGUCUCUGUGGACCUGGCUGAUCCCCAGGGGCUAUGUUAUUGAGUCUCAAAUGAACAGCUUGAACACAUAAAGAAACCUAACAUCAGAAUUUUUUGUAUUCUGUCCUGGAUCUUCCUUACAGUCCCCGGUGUGUAUUCUUAACGUUUCUGUGCUGGGAAAACAAGCUGUUUAUUUAUUUACUGUUUGUUUUUUUUUAAAUUGCGGUUAUCUUUUGAGAGCAAGGAAGAUAAUUCAACAAGAGGGUCCAUCAGUGUCUUGGUGCCCGUCUCGCCACCCAUUCGGUGUCUGAGCUCACAGGCUAGUGACACUGUUCGCAGCCUCUGGUAUGGGAAUGCGGCCACGCCUGGCACAGGUACCUGCUUGCUUAAAAAGAAUAGCAUCCAAAUUCUACCCCACACAUGCCGUUAGGUACUGCGGUUACUGUGUAGGCUUGGCUGGAGUAGACGGUUCACACAAGCAUCAUCAGAGCUGGGGGCGGGGCGGGGGCCGUGUCUCUGGCCUCUUCUUCUCGGCACGAAGUGUCGGUGGCUUGACCCCAGCAGGUGUUGGGCUAGCCUUGAAAAUCUCCUACCGGAGGGGUAGCUCUACCAAAGGCUUUUUUUAAAAGACGACACAGGAUCAUGGGGUCCUGAACCCACAUAAAAACGAGCCAGACUCUCGAAGGUAUCAUGGGUUGUUGUUUCAAUAACAGUAAGUUAUUUCAAUGACAAUAUUCAAUAACAGUAAGUUGUUUCAAUAACAAUAAGUCAAUUUUAAGGCUCUUUCUCUUUUGGGAUAGAGAUGUGUGGCUGUGUGUGUGUCUGUGUGUGUAUGUAUAGGGUCUCCUAUGAGUUCUCCUGCCUCAGGCUUAUUCCAAGUAAACCAUCUUGUCCCCUUAACCCCAUUUCCCUCCCAAAGGCACAGGCGGGAGGGAGGGCGGACGGCCCUUGCUGGAGUCCUAGAGAUUGGAAUGAGCUGGUGAUGGGUCUGUGGACACCUUCUCGGAGGCAGUCUUUCCACCCCAGCAUCCGGCGAGGGCAGAAGAAGAAGCCGGCUGGGCUGGCUGCUGCGCAUGGCUGUUUGAGAGUUUUCAUCGUCCUCUUAACGGGACAAGCCGCUGUGUACACUUUACUCAGGUUUCUGGGCUAGAGCGAUCAACACGGUUGAGGGCGUUCCAGGUGAUGCCGCUUUUAUACAGUUGUGCCCUAAGAAGCCUUGGUUCUAUAAAGCAAGAAUCAAUCAAUACACAGAGCCCAAGAAUGUUAGAUUACUUUAAAAGCAGCUAUGUGAGACACACUAAAUUAAAACCUUUGGCAAACCCCACUUUAUUAUUAUUAUUUUUUUAACCUAUAAUGCCCUCUUGUUCUUGGGACUCUCUGCUUUUGCCUCUGGGUCAUAGUUAAGUGUGAUGUGUGCUUUUUUUUUUUUUUUUAUCUAAGCCUGUGACAAUCGUCUCACUGUGGUGGUUGACAGAGAGAAGAACCUGUGUCACUGUUGGUAAAGGAGCCUGCACAUUGAUGGGCCCAUUGGCUGACAUUACAAACUGUGUGUGUUAAAGCCAGCAGUGAAUCGUGGGUUGUGACCCUCUGGGGAGACACAAGGAAGGCUUACAAGCCCAGCAUUUAUUGGCAGAGGCAGGAGGCCGAUGAGUUUUAGGCUAGCUUGGGCUACAUAGCAAGCCCCUGCUUUCAGAACACCAAGGGCCGUGGCAGUGGCUCAUAGGUCUCAGGUUCUGGGUUUACCUCCCAGUGGGAGUGAAGGGUGGGCAGCAGACUGUUAGCCAGCUAGUGUAAGAUUUAGCCUAAGUGGUCCCUUGGCCUGUUAGAAGCAGCUGGUCUGAGGCCCGACAAGCCAUAAUUGUUCACCAGUAGAUAGUGUGGCAAAGGUCAGAGCUUCUCAGGACAGGAACUGGGCCAUUUUGGUUAUCUGACGGGCAAGUGGGAUAUCACAGCGAGUCUAUGGUAGGGUGAGGUUGGAGGGGGAAGGCUUGCUCGGCUCCCAUACCCUUGAAAGCCAUACCUCUGGCACGAUGAAGCACCAAGGAAGAAAUUAUGGAAGCUGGUGGGACAUUCCCUCAGAAUUCCUAAGUGAUUUUUGCAAGGCUUUCUUGCUUUGUCCCUGAGUUGCUCCCGUCAUGAAGGUGCCGCAUGUUCUCCACUGGACAUUCUCAGAAAGGUCCCUCAUCAGUGGUACAACCCCGAACCCUGAGUCUGUCGUCUGACACCGUGGCUUUGUAGCCCAGGCAGCGAGAGGCAGUCUUAGUCACUGUCACUGAAUGUGACCACGGGGUGUGCAUCACAGAAUGAUAGAUACCGAGGGCCUUCUUGCACGCUUAGCUCCAUUUCCACUGGAGCUUUCAUAAUUUAAAUGUAAAAAGAAAAAACAAAAAAACCCUUUUCCUUUCCUGAGUGCGGUUUACUUGAAAGUCUUAAUUGCUCACACUUGUGUGAAGAGGCUUGCUUUGUUCAGGCCUCGUUUUCCUCUGUUUGUUGGUAUGGGAUGAGGAAGGCUGAGCUGUAAACGGUCUUGGUAGGCAUUAGGGUUUUCUUUGUUGAUUGUCAAGAAUAAGAGAGAACACAGCACAGUGUCUCAGACUGGCAGCCCUAGUGUUCAGGACACUGAGACGGGAAGAUGGCAAGUUCCAGGAUAGCCUGGGCUACCUGGUGAAACCCGGCUUUAGAAAUAACUAACAGACUAAGAGUGGUUGUUUUAUGACACAAGACAGGUAUGACUGCUCCUACAAGCAAGCAAUCGGGAGGCGCCGUGUUCCCGAGAUUUUCGGAACCCACACAUUUUAAAUGGCCUUUAAAAACAGGCACAGAAAGCGGGUCCAAAGUGUUCACCUUUCAUUAAGAACAAAGAUUCUCUUACAGUCAACUCAAAUCCAUAGCAUAAAGCUAGGUCUUCAGCCUCUAAUAGUCUCAGAGUCCUUUCUGGAAACAAACACCUAUGCUUCCCUUUUCACUUUUCCCUAGAUGUAAAAUGACUUUGACGGCAGGGCGGGAUGGAACAAUCAUUCCAGUCAUCAACUGUGAUUUAUUUUCUGUUUCCUUGGUUUUUCUGCCCUGUGGUUGUAUGCAUUGCAUUCUACGUGGGUCAUAAAUUCAACACUGGCUUUUUUUUUUUUUUUUUUUUUUAGUUCUGUUAUUAAAUUAUAUUUUUCUAUGUUUUAAGUAAUAGCAGAUCUGGGCUUUUCUGUAUAACAGAGCCGGACGGACCUGUAACUAUGAGACAAGAGUUCUAUUUUAGCACAAAAGCAUUUUAUAUUAUUUAUUGAAUCCGUAUGUAUGUUCCCAUGGAAACCAUCUGUAUUUCUGCUCUCUGUGAUCUGUAUAGUUUGUUAUUUAAAGGGAGACGGCAGCCUUUUGUGUUGUUGAGAACAAUAAAACUGAGCUCCUCAGAG